AGGCGCUGUUGGAAGUGCGUGGUACUUGGUUGGGUAAGUUUCGAAAGAGAGUGAGUUGAGUGAGUGAGUAAUGUUUUCGAAGGAGAAUAAUAGUAACGGCUACACGCAACAGCCGCCGCCACCACCACCACCACCGGGAAUGGGGCACAGUCACACUCACAGAGAGCGUGUCCGUCGUGGCACUCGCAGGUCACGUGCUUCCGCUUCCAAUUCCCUUAGGGUUUGUGACAGUGAACAACAACAACAGCAGCAUCAUCCAACUCCUUGCACCGAUUUCGACAUGGCCUAUUUCCAUUCCUAUGCUCACCUUGGUAUCCAUCAAGAGAUGAUCAAGGAUCGUGAGCGGACUCAAGCUUACAGGGAUGCAAUCAUGCAGCAUCAGAGAUUUAUUGCAGGCAAAGUUGUAGUUGAUGUUGGGUGCGGUACAGGAAUCCUUUCUAUAUUUUGUGCUCAGGCUGGUGCAAAGAGGGUAUAUGCUGUCGAUGCCAGUGACAUUGCCCUACAGGCAAAUGAAGUUGUGAAAGCAAAUAAUCUGUCUGAUGUUGUCGUUGUAUUGCAUGGACGAGUCGAGGAUGUUGAAAUUGAUGAAGAGGUUGAUGUUAUAAUUUCUGAAUGGAUGGGCUAUAUGCUUCUAUAUGAGAGCAUGCUUGGUAGUGUUAUUACUGCCAGAGAUCGCUGGCUCAAACCUGGCGGUCUUAUUCUACCUUCAACUGCAACGUUGUACAUGGCUCCCGUCACACAUACUGAUAGAUACAGUGAAAGCAUCGACUUCUGGCGCAAUGUUUAUGGAAUUGAUAUGUCUGCUAUGAUGUCAUUAGCAAAACAAUGUGCAUUUGAAGAACCUUCUGUGGAGACAAUAUCCGGUGAAAAUGUUUUGACAUGGCCAUGUGUGGUAAAAUAUGUUGAUAGUUAUUCUGUUACGACCCAUGAGUUAGAAACCGUAACAACAAAGUUUAAGUUCAAAUCAAUGAUGCGAGCACCACUACAUGGUUUUGCAUUUUGGUUUGAUGUUGAAUUUAAUGGGCCUGUGAUAGCACCAACCAAUUAUCAAUUGCCAACUUCAUUUACUGACAGUCAUCAGGUGAAUGGUAGUCAGAGAAAAAGAAGAACAAAUCCAAAUAACGGACUGGUGCUGUCCACUGCACCUGAGGAUCCUCCAACCCAUUGGCAGCAGACAUUGAUAUACUUCUAUGAUCCUAUAGAGCUGGAACAAGAUCAACUAAUUGAAGGUUCAGUGACAUUGUCACAAAGCAAAGAAAAUGCUCGAUUUAUGAAUAUUCACCUUGAAUAUACUUCAGGUGGUCGAUCGUAUGUGAAAGAGUCUGUUAUGAGAUGAUCUUAUUGAUUGUCUAUUGCAUCGACACUUGCACAAUAUGCUGGGACUGUUGCAUAUAUAUCUUUGCUGACUUCGUUUCUCCAACAGAACUGAGAUAACAGUUUGGUUCGUGAAAAUCACUAAUAUCUGUUUACUAGAUUAGAAUGGAGCAAUUGACGAACUUGUUAGCCUAUACAUUUAGGUCAAUCAAAUGAAAUUUUGUUGUAAUUUAAUUGAUAGUCCAAAAUUUACUGAGGCGAAUUAUUUAUCUGUGGUCAUUUUAGUACAUCCAACUAUUUUUGUACUACACAUUCUUAUCUAUUUUAUUUGAAAUCUGUUAUUCAUUAGCCCUUUUGC